UCCGAGAACUCCCGGACGCGGGUCUGGGGGUGGGCGCAGCGGGGCAGCGCAGCAACACGACCCUCGGUGCCAUCGCACCCCGCAGCGGCUCCAGCGGUCGGACGUGCGGCUGGGGCAUCGGCCCCUGGGCACUGCAGAGAGAGAGAAAGGAGCGCCCGCUGGCUUCGACCUCCCUGGCUCCCUGGUAGCUGAGCUUAGGGAAAACACGACUCCUUCACCAUGCCGAUGAAGCGCAGGAGGAAAAGCUCCGAAAUGCCCCGGGAACCUUCAGAGAAGGUCAGAGAGCAGCGGGCUGAGGCUGAGCUUCAGAAGCUGAAGCAGCAGUUCAGGAAGAUGGUGGAAAGUCGCAAGUCCCUCAACUUCCGCUCCCAGCAGAAUCUCUUGAACCAGCACAAGGAAAUCAAGGCCCUGCAGGGAGAGCAGGAGGAGAUCUCUUUGCUUCUGAGUCUCAUCAAGUCCUCCAAGAACUUGGAACUGAAUGACAAAAACUACACAGAGCUGCGUUUCCUGUUGCAGACCAAGGAGGACUAUGAGGCCCUGAUUAAGUCACUGAAGGUGCUGCUGGCAGAACUGGAUGAGAAGAUUGUUCAGAUGGAAAAAAAAAUUAUAAACCAAAAACAGAUCUUCGCAAAGAUACAGGAAGCCAAUGACCCCCGGAAACUGCAAAAACAGAUCCACGUUUUGGAAACCCGUUUGAAUCUCGCCACCGUUCACUUUGACAAGAUGCUGACCACCAACGCUAAGCUCCGGAAGGAGAUUGAGGACCUGCGCUGCGAGACGGCCGUGUACGACAGUGCGUUCCAGCAGCUGCAGCGCCGCUUGUCCGGGCAGAAGAAAACCAUGAACGUGGCCAUCGAGCAGUCUGCCCAGGCCUACGAGCAGAGGCUGGGAGCCAUGGCUCGAAUGGCCGCCAUGAAGGACCGCCAGCAGAAGGACAUCUCUCAGUACAACCUGGAGAUCCGAGAGCUGGAGCGCGUCUCUGCCCACGAGACCAAGCUCAAGUCCUUCUUGCUCAUCAAGCUGAAUGAGCGUCUGGAGCUCGAGGAGCAGAUCAGAAAGGAAAAAGCUCUCAAGGCCAGGAGGCCCAAGAAGAAGGCCAAGGGCGAGAGUUUUGAGAGCUACGAGGUGGCGCACCUGCGGCUGCUGAAGCUGGCCAAGGACGGGGACCCAGACCAGCUCGUCGAGGAGUUUCUGGCCAAGGAGGAGAAGAACUUUGCGUGGUUCACGUACAUCACAGAGCUCAACAAUGACAUGGAGACGAUGCACAAGAAGGCCCAGAGGAUCCAGGAUGACAUCGUCUUCCUGCGAUCUCAGCAGAAAUCAUCCCAUGAUGACGACUGCUCCCUGCUGACAGAGCUGGAGGAGAAACUAAAGAAGACCACGGAGGAGGCAGACAUGUAUGAGACCAGCUACAAUGAAAUCAGCAAGACCUUGGAGCAUCUCAAGACCUCGGUGGAGAGUCUGUUUAAAAAGCUAAAUUGUGAUGCCGCCAUGAUCCUGGGGCACUUAGGGGACACAGGGGAAAUCACUGACACCAACCUUCCAGAGUACUUUGCCAUCAUCGAGAAGAAGACCAAUGACCUGCUGCUGCUGGAGUCCUACCGGCGGGUCCUGGACGCGGAAAGGGCGGAGCCCGAGAUCCCGCAGCCCUUCUUCAACCCGUUCUGGGGCGGCUCUGCCCUCCUCAAGCCUGCAGAACCCAUCAAGGUCACCCCCCCGGUGUUCAGGGCUGACCCCUUCAGCGACAGGCUGGAUGAAGUGGACCAGCCCCUGGACCACAGCAGCCUUCGGCGGCUCGUGCUCAGCGACUGCACUGCGAAAGAGUUUCGAAACAGGAACUCGCACUUAGGCAGCAUACCGGACAAGGGGGACGUCCUGAGGCCCAAGAAGAAGGUAGUGGGCUGAGGUGGACAGGGCCGCAUUUGUACCAGAGGUAAUAAAUGUUCUGUUCUUUAA